AACCUUAUAUUUGAAAGUUAUUUUGCGUCAAAUAUUCAAAUUUGAAAAUAUGAACAAUUUAUUCCAGCAUUUUAACUGUUCAAAGACUAAUGUAGAAUGAUUUUGAUACGUUAAUCCAACCUUUUCAAUUAAUGAUUAUGGGAAGGUUACAAUUAAGUAGCAAUUACCUUUGUAAUAACAAUAAUUUUCAAUAGAGCUGAGUGUUAACAUUCUACUUGAGAAGUGGGACAAUAACGGUUUUUUUAAACUGUUGAAUUGAAAAAUCCCAAGAUUGCUACCGCGAGAGGUUCACAUAAGAUGGAUUCUUUGAAAAAUAAUUUUAGUUCAGUGAAUUUGAUACAAUUUUAUUUUUUAGUGAUUUCAGUAGCAGUUAUAUUUCUCGGAACCCUCAUAAAUUUCUUCGAAAUAUAUCUACCUGCAUUCAUUUUGAAAACAUUCAGGUGCGGGAAACAUGCAUAUAAAGGGACAACCAAUUUACCAACAAUUGAAUUCCCUAAAUCGUCAUUUAAACAUUUUUACCAAGUAGGACUAUUAUGUUCCGUUUUCACAUAUCCUUUUGUAUUUGCCACAUAUGUUUUGGAUUUCAAAGUUCCAUUUUUUUUCUCUAGAAGUUUAUUUCAUUGUAAUUGUGAAGGAAAGCAAGAUUCUGGCACAUCUGCUACUGAAGUAUUUGUGGCAAUGAGUCUAAUCAAUUUGCAAAUAAUACGCAGAUUUUAUGAUACUCACUUCAUAUCUAUUUUUGGGAAAAAUAGUAAAAUAAAUUUAACUCACUGGAUUGUUGGGAUGACUUACUAUCCAAUGGUUAUUCUUAGUAUAUUGUGUGAAGCUCCUAAUUUCACUACUUCUGCUGAAUUGAAGAAAGCAAAUUUGUAUGAUUUGGGACUUCUGGAAGUAUUUGGAAUAUUGUUAUUCUUCUGGUCAUGGUGGCAUCAACAUGUCUGUACUGUUAUCUUGGCUAAUUUACGAAAAACUAAGAAAGGAAAUAUAAAUGACUACAAACUACCAAUAGGGGAUUGGUUUGAAUAUGUCUCAUCACCACACUGUAGUGCUGAAAUUUUAAUGUAUUUUGCUUUAACAAUACUUCUUUGGAAAAGCAGUACAUGGUGGUAUGUAAUGUUAUGGGUUCUCAGUAAUCAGAUUGAAAGUAUCCUCCUAAGUCACUGGUGGUAUCAAGAAACCUUCAAACAUUUUCCAGAAACUAGAAAAGCUUUGAUACCUUUUAUUUAUUAAUUAAGAUUUCAUAUUAUUUUAUGGUGCAUUUUUAUAUUUCUAUUCUUACAGGGUAAUACAUAUUUCCAUAAAGUGAUUAUGUAUAUUUACAAGACUAAAAUACAAUAUUGACAUCUGUUCA